AUGAACACGUGUCAGAUAUGUGGUCGAUUUCAUAAUGGUGAUGGAAGUAGCAAAUUGGAUGGUAUUUCUCCUAUAUAUUUUUACACAAUUCCGGAGCCAAUUAUCUCUCAAAAUGCAGUGGACUUGUUAAAACAAGUAUCCAAUGAUCCUAGUUUACAAAGUACUUACGAAGAAAUCGAAGAAAUCAAUAAAAAUUGGCAAAAGUUUAAGGAGGAUAACAAAAAAAUGAUUGCUUUUGCAUUAAAUAUUCAUUCCUACUUAAACAAGGCUUAUGAAGAUUUAAAAGUGUCAAAUUCUAUCAUUCUUUCAGAUCUUAACGAAGAGGAUGAUGAAUUCGAAAAAAUUUUCCAAGAUCAGUCUUACAAACUGAUUAAACAAAAUUUAUUGCUGUCCUCUCUCAACUGUGAAAAUAUUGCUUCUGAAUUCGAAAAGUUUCAGAAACAUGGGCAAAUUUCAAAUAUUAUUGAUGUCAUUGAACACUCAUAUAAUUUGGCUACAGUCUAUGAAAAGAUAUAUAAAGCGAUACAUUGUAGAGAUUUAAGGCAACUUAAACAGAAAGUUGGCAAUGAAAUUGAUGACCUUAAAAAGUGGAAAAACGAAAGUAUCGAAAUUUUAAAUUUGCUUGACUUGAAAAUUGGAUUAGAGUAUACAAAAAACCAAUUGCAAAAUUUAGGAGAAUCUAAGAUUUUCAGCAAAAUAUCAGAUUUUUGGACAAAUCUUUCUAAAGAACUUCGAUAUAAUGAAAACUAUAUCAAGACGAAUAUUACAGAUGGUGAAUUAUAUGUAAAAAAACUCGCUUAUAACAAUCUUGCGAAGCAUUACUCAAGAAUUGGAUCAUUGGACGGACAACAAGGGUCGAAGCGACGUGCUCAAUACUUAAGCUCUACUUCUACUAUGCUCAAUAAUGGGACAGGGCCAUUUGUUUGUAAAGUACAAGGGAUUGAAACGGCUCAAAAUUAG